AUGAAAGUUACAAAAAAUCAAAACUCAUACCACAUCGCUCGUUGCAUGGGUCACCAAGGAGCGCGCUGUCCAGUGGGCAACCAGGCUGGAGGUGAUAAGUAUGCUACUGGAAAACGCACAGUUAAUUUACGAUCAAAUUUCAGAAUCGGUAUUUGGAAUGUAAGAAAAUUAAAGGAGCUGGGAAAGCUAAACACCAUUUGUAAUGAGAUGGAUAGAAAUAAAUUGGAGUUUCUUGGAAUGGCCGAGACAAAUUGGGCCAAUUGUGGCAGUUUUACAACUCAUGAAACAAAAACUGUUGUCUAUUCCGGAAAAGAGGAAGGGGCAGGUUAUAGCCAUGGAGUGGAAGUUGUUCUUUCAAAAGAAACCGCGAAAGCUAUGAUUGGAUAUAACCCUAUUUCAGACAGGAUUAUAAAAGUAAGACUCCAAGCUAAACCAUACAACAUCACCCUUGUAAUGUGUUAUGCAUCUACCAGUACUGCAAAUGAUGAAGAAAUAGAUGAAUUCUACAGUUCACUACAACAGAGUCUAGACAAGACGGCCAGUAGAGACAUCACAAAUAUAACGGGAGAUUUUAACGCUAAGGUGGGACGACAAAGAACCAACACGGACUGUGCUGGUAUGUUCGGACUGGGAGAACAAAAUGAGCGUGGUGAGAACCUUAUCGAUUUCUGCAGAACAAAUAAUCUAGUGAUUACGAAUACAAUGUUCAAACAUCACCCAAGACACCUGUACACCUGGACAUCACCGGACAAGCAAACACGAAAUCAAAUAGACUAUAUCCUCAUAAAUAAAAAAUGGAAAGGAAGUGUGAGGAAUGCUAAAACAAGACCCGGGGCAGACUGCAACUCGGACCACCAACUUCUGGUAGUAGACUUAUUGUUAAGAUUGAAGAAAAUAAAUAAACCACCAAUUCCACUCCGCUUCGACUAUUCAACAAUGAAUGAAAAAUACAGAGUCGAAAUCUCUAAUCGUUUUGCCGCAUUGCUUGAAUGCGAAGAGGAACAAACUCCUAAUGAACUAUGGGGAAAUGGCAAAGAAAUCAUUCUCAGUGCCACUGAGACCAACAUAGAAAGAAGAAAGAAGAAAAACAAUCCCUGGAUAUCGAACAACACCUUAACUGAGAUUGACAAAAGAAGGGAAAUGAAAGCUAAAGGCAUCAAGAACGAACAAACCCAAAUAGAAUAUAACAAGCAAAAUGCAACAGUCCAAAGAAUGAUGAGACAAGAUAAUGAUAGGAAAAUUAAUGAACUUUGCCAAACUAUAGAAAGCAAUUCAGUCACAAAUUCAAUCAAAGACUUAUUCCAGGGAGUUAAGAAACUUACAAACAAGUUUAGACCUACUAUAGAUACAAUAAAAGAUGAAAACAAUAAGGUAUUGUUCGAAGGCGAAGAGGUGAAGAGUAGAUGGAAGCAAUACUGCUAUGAACUCUACAAGAAGAAUGAUAACACUUCUGUGAGAACUGCAUUGUUACACGAUACUGACGAAUUAAGUGAAGAACCACCACCACUGUAUUCAGAAGUUGAAAAAGCCAUCAAAGAAUUAAAAAUCGGAAAAAGUCCUGGUUUUGACAACAUUGCAUCAGAGCUCAUAAAAAUUGGAAAUCACAAUGUCACGAAAUUCUUCCAGAAAUUGAAGAGGGACCAGGAACCAAAUCCUCAACUUGAAAAUGAGAAGAAUAGAGAACACGGAAAUGAUAUCCUGUUAUGCUUUAUUGACUAUAAGAAGGCAUUUGACAUGGUGUCGCAUGAGGUUAUGUGGGAAACAAUGCUUGAGAUGGGUUUUGCGAGACAUUUAGUUGAUCUGAUAAGGAGUAUGUAUGAGCAUCAACGAGCAGCAGUUAAGACCACACAUGGGUUAACAGAUUGGUUUGACAUAGGUCAAGGUGUAAGACAGGGUUGUAUACUCUCCCCGCAUCUCUUUAAUAUAUAUGCCGAAAACAUAAUGAGAAAGGCUCUUGAUAAUUUUGAAGGUUCAGUUAAGGUAGGUGAUAUAAUCUCAAAUCUGAGAUAUGCCGACGAUGUUGUUUUAAUAGCUAGCAGCAUAGAUGAACUGCAAACUCUGGUCAGUAGAGUGAACGAAGCGAGUGCACAAGCUGGGCUACAUCUGAACACAUCUAAAACGAAAGUUAUGACAAUUUCGAAUGAUCCUCUAGUUAAGCAGGCAUGUGUGAAAGUAAAUGAUGAGACUAUUGAAAAUGUAAGCAGUUUUGUGUACCUAGGCGCCCUGUUCGCAGACAAUUAUGAUGAUUCGAAGAAGUUAAAAGAAGAUUAG